AUGGCAGCAGAGAUGGCAACAAAUGAGGACGCAGUGGUGACAGGUCUCUUGUUUGACGAUUACUACACAAUGGUGUACUUAGGCAAGGAGAUGAGGAAUGGAAUCUUCCUCCGGAGUCCAUUGGCAGAGGUAAAGAGACAGUGCCAGUGGGUACCAGUGGUGUCCCUAGCCAUUGAUGUGCUGGUGGUGCACCUUCCGGUGGGGGUGUGCGGCUUCCCGCCCAGCUCACUAACGUCACUGGUUCCAGGAGAUGGGCAGGACACCAGAGUGUCCUGGGUUGCUAAGAGCUGCAUUCUAAGCCCCGAUGACAUCAUCACGUCUACAGUUCAUUCAUUUGUAUUAGAUGUGAGGACACCUACAGCCGGAACAGGGCUGGAACGGACACACCACAGCCAGAACAGAGGGGAACAGAGUAUCACCUGCCUAGACCAGGAGCCAAUUCACCAUGAAAUUGACCUGUCGCUACACUUCUAUGAUGACAAUGCAUAUAACAUCAAGGGAGUCACAAAGUCCAAAGGGCUUGACAAUGGUACACCAGCCUGGAAGUUCCGACCACGUGUCCGUCACCUAAUACUUCCUUGGGACUAUUCAGUCUACCUUUUAUCCAUCACACAGGGUUCAGUUGGUUUACACUUUGUAGCUAAGCAAGCCAAGAACAACCAAGGAACAUUGCUAGCCUUUUUGUCUCCAGCUGCUAUGAAGAGAGAUGGCCAUCCUCUUUUACGCCUUGUUUCUGACACACAAGCGGACCAGCUGCGUUUAGAGUACCGCACCCCUCAGACCAUGGAACCAGCCUCUUUGUUACUCCCAGGUGGAUCACCGUUUUCUGGCUCCAAAUGGGCACGACUUGCACUGAACAUAGACAUUCACAAGGUUACACUCUUUCUGGAUUGCGAAGAACCGGUGAUAUUUGGAAAAGAAGGAGAAAAUGAGUUAUUAAGCCUUAUUCUUCCCCUGGAUCUUGAAAUUAGCUUUGCAAGCACCCCAGGAAACAAAGAGAGCAAGUUCUUGGGUUACUGGCAAACAGCUGAAAUUUCUCCAACUGGAUUUUCCCGUAGGCCAUGGCAUUGCGAAAAUCGCUCAGAUUCUCUUCCUCUCCCUUUCUCCUUGCCAGAAGAGCGACACAUGGAUAAUGAGGAUAUACAGAGGCAGCCGAGGGCACCAGAUCUCUCUGACACUCGCAACUACCAGCAGCAACAGAGUGAAGUUCCUACUAAUCUACUCACUCAGGAAGAAAGGAUGCGGAGGUUGGAGGACACUGUGCAGGGUCUGACCAACAUGUUGGACAUGGUAAAAGUUCAGAACACUGACCUACAGGCCAGGGUGAAAACUUUGGAGAGCUGUGAAUGUCGCCGACCUUCAUGUUUCUGGGAAGGAAAAGAGUAUCAGGACAGUGAGACAUGGAAGAAAGACACAUGUAACAUCUGCGUGUGCGUUGGAGGCUCCGUAAAGUGUUCACUGCGCAAGGACUGGCCUCAAUGUCUCUCUUGCACUUAUGAAGGGAGAAUAUACAGUAACAAGGAGAACUUCUCUGUGGGUUCCUGCACUUCCUGUGUCUGCCAGAGUGGUGAGGUGACCUGUGUCCAAAAGACUUGUCCUCCAGUGGCCUGUUCUAACCCAGUGACGUUGCCUACAGAGUGCUGCCCUCGCUGUCCAACUGGCUGCUCUGAUGGUCAUCUAGAAGGAGAUACAUGGAGAAAAGACCCUUGUAUGAGCUGUAUCUGUCAGAAUGGAACGGUCCACUGUUUAAAAGAACGUUGCCCAGAGCUUACCUGUCUGAAAAGGUUCACCCCACCUGGACAGUGCUGUUCAGUCUGCCAGCAAGGCUGUGAAUAUGAGGGGCUGACAUACAGCAAUGGGGAAUAUUUUCUUUCACAGAGUAAUCCUUGUGUGAACUGUUCAUGUAUGAACAAUCUAGUGCGCUGUUUUCCUGUUCAGUGUCCUGUAGUCCCCUGUAAGAAUCCGGUGCCCACUCCUGGUCAGUGCUGCCCCUCGUGUCCAGUGUGUGAUUUUAACGGGCGUCCCUUGUUCCCUGGCCAGAAUGUUACCACCUUAGAUGGCUGCCAACAUUGUGUCUGUCUGGAUGGUGAAGUGAAGUGUAUCGAUGCCGUACGUUGUCAGCAGACCUGCACCAAUGGCAUCAGACGGGGUUCAUGCUGUCCAGAUUGUUCAGCUUGUGACUUACAAGGUGACAUUAUACCUAAUGGAAUAUCCUUCCAGGGUAAUGGGAACCCAUGUGACAGCUGUAUAUGCCAGAAUGGUAAUAUACAGUGUAUACAGGUGACUUGUCCAAAGCUGACUUGUGUUCUGCAGGAAGAGAUACCUGGAGAAUGUUGCAAAAGGUGUCAAGGCUGCAUUGAUGGCACAAUCACCCGCAGGCACGAGGAGGAGUGGAGACCCCAAGGAGAGCCAUGUCAUAGUUGCCGCUGUUUGGAAGGCAAAAUCCAAUGUAGGAAGCGCCACUGUGCCUCUCUGUGUAGAAACCCUGCACCCCCUAGACCAGAAACUUGCUGUCCUAUAUGUGAUGGAUGUUCAUUUAAUGGCCGUACAUAUCAGAAUGGACAAUCAGUGAGAAGUUCUGACUCUUGUACACGUUGCUUAUGUGAGAAUGGAAAUGUCCAGUGUAGUCCUAUACCAUGUAGUCCAACACAAUGCAGAAACCCUGUGCGGAAGCCAGGAGAAUGCUGUGCAAGAUGUGAAGGAUGCGAGUUUGAUUCCAAGUCAUAUGCUGAAGGUGAUGUGUUCACUACUGUUCAUGACCCCUGCCUCAGCUGUACAUGUUCAGAUGGGGAAGUUUCAUGUGAUCACUUGGACAGACGAUGUCCUCCUACAAAGUGUAGUCACCCUGGCAAAGUCAAAGGACAGUGUUGCCCAAGCUGUGAUGUCUGUGAUUUUGAGCGCACUGUAUAUACUGAUGGACAGACGUUCCAUCCUCCAGGACAUGGACCUUGUCUGCGAUGCAGCUGUACAAAAGGCAAUGUCCGCUGUGUUGAGGAAAGCUGCCCUCCUCAGUCCUGCCCAAACCCAGUGAAAGAACCAAAUACAUGUUGUCCAGUCUGUAAAGUAUGUGUGCAGGAUGGCACUGAGUUCUUAGAGGGGGUAGAGUGGGAGCCUGAAGGAGAUCCAUGCAGCACCUGUGCUUGUCUGAAUGGUGAUACAGUAUGUGGAGUCAGUCAAUGCCCCCCUCUGUCUUGUCUCCAUCCAACCCACAAUGAAGACGAGUGCUGUCCAGUGUGUCACACCUGUACUUACAACCAGCGUAUAUAUAGCAAUGGGCAGGACUUCACAGACCCUGACAAUCCCUGCCAGAGGUGCCGCUGCCAGGAUGGAACAGUCCAGUGUACUCCCAUCGUGUGCCCAGCUGUGUCUUGCUCUAGACCAGAAAAAAAACCUGGCCACUGCUGUGCCACGUGCCCAGACUGCGUUUACUAUGACAAUACUUUCUUGGAUGGACAGCAGUUCACCAACCCAGAUAACAAGUGCCAGGAAUGUGGAUGCCAGGAGGGGCAAGUGAAAUGUGCCGACAGAGGGUGCCCAGGUCCACAGUGUUCAUAUCCAUUGCCGGGAACCUGCUGUAACAACAACUGUAAUGGUUGUAAUUAUGCUGGAAAGGAAUAUCCUAAUGGUGCAGAUUUCCCCCAUCCCACCGACAAGUGCAGACAAUGUCACUGCAUUAAUGGUAAUGUGCAGUGCCUAACAAAGCGAUGCCCUCCGCUUGCCUGCAGUGAGCCAUACUCUGUGCCAGGAGACUGCUGCCCUCAGUGCCCAGUACCACCAGCAGAUUGUCCAUAUUCUGGAAUCACAUACAGACACAUGCAGCGUUUCUAUGAUCCAUCAGACAAAUGCAGAGACUGUAUCUGUAAUAACGGCACUGUAACUUGUCAACGCAAGCCUUGUGCUCCGACCCCUUGCACACAUCCUCUUCAGGGAGACUGCUGCCGUUCAUGUGAUGGAUGCCUUCUGUCGGGAAAAGAACUAGCGAAUGGUGAGCAGUUUACCCAGCCUUUAGAUCCAUGCUCAAUGUGUGUUUGCUGGGAGGGAAGCAUCAACUGUCAACCCAAAACUUGCCCUGUCCUCAAUUGUCCAUAUCCAGCUUCUGGACAGUGCUGCAAAGAAUGCAAAGACUGCCAGUACUUAGGCGAAGUCUACCUCAAUGGCCAGGAAUUUUCAUCUCCCCAGGACUCCUGUAGUCGAUGUGUCUGUGCCGAUGGCUUUGUCACCUGUAGUAAGAAGCCUUGUUAUAAACCUGGCUGUUCUCACCCUAGUACUCCUGCAGGAAAAUGCUGCCCUGUGUGUGAUGGAUGCUCUUAUAAUGGAGUGGAUAUGAUAAAUGGUCGAUCUGUCCCUGAUCUUUCCAACCCAUCCUGUUCUGAGUGUACUUGCAGGUCUGGAUCUGUGCAAUGUGUCCGCAAGCUGUGUCCUCCAAUGAACUGUCCUCAUCCUGUGACUGGGCCUUGUGAUUGUCCUUUGUGCCAAGGUUGUCAUUUUCAGGGCCGAAAUUACCUUGAUGGAGAGGCUUUCACUUCUUCACAAAGUGAAUGUGAGCAGUGCCGCUGCAUGCGAGGGCAUGUCACCUGUGUCCCUCAGGCCUGUGAAAAAGUAAACUGUCCUCACCCCGGAGAGGAUCAAUGCAUGUGUCCAGUGUGUGAUGGAUGUAACUAUAAUGGCCAAGACUGUCUCAAUGGAGAAAGCUUUCCAGACCCUGAGGAUGAAUGUAGCCGCUGUACUUGUAGGAACGGAGAAGUGAGUUGUGUGUCACUUCCAUGUCCAGCUGUUUCAUGUCUACACCCAGUGACACCACCAGGAGCUUGUUGCCCACGCUGCACUGGUAUAUGCAAGCACAAUGGACGCACCUAUCAGAAUGGUGACAACUUCCAGUUACCCGGGGAUGUGUGCACUCAGUGUUCCUGCAGGAAUGAGAUGGUAAACUGUCAGCGGGUUCCAUGUGCUCAAGACUGCAGUCACCCUGUGUCUUCCCCAUUAUCUCCUUGCUGCCCUGUAUGUGACCGCUGUCUCUAUGAAGGCAAAGAAUAUGCUAAUCGCCAGACUUUUAAUGCAUUAUCUGACUCAUGCCGGAGAUGUGUGUGCCUAGAUGGCAGCGUGACAUGCACACAUGUUGUGUGCCCUCAGAUCUUCUGUGCCAACCCAGUUAGUAAGCCUGGCCAGUGUUGCAGGGAGUGCCCAGUUUGCUGGUACCAAGGGAAAGAAUACAGCGAAGGUGCACGCUGGGUGCCUCCCACAGAUCCAUGUCUGCAGUGUACAUGUAAAUCAGGUCGUGUACAAUGUGAGCCUCCCACAUGUCCUUCUCUGCCAUGUACACAGCAAGUCACAGAUCCUGGAGCAUGCUGUCCUCGCUGUAGAGGUUGUGUUUACAAUGGCCGAGAAUACAAAGACCACAGUAACUGGAUCUCAAGUGUGGACCGUUGCAUGGCAUGCAUGUGUGUGGAUGGCAUCACUACAUGCUCCAAAUUACAAUGCAUCACUUCUUGCAGCAGUCAGAUAACAUUGCCUGGAGAGUGCUGUCCUCUAUGUGCAGACUGUGUAGUCAAUAAAAAGGUGUAUGUUCCUGGGGACAGUUUCCAUCCCUCUGAUGACCCAUGUGAGAUCUGCACAUGUGAGCGUUUACCAGAUGGCCGGCAAUACAGACGUUGCAACAGAAAGCAGUGCCCCAGCCUCUUGGAUUGUCCCAAAAAUCAAAUGUUGCCACCUGCUUUUGGCCAGUGCUGUGCCAGCUGUGCCCAGGCUCUAAGCAACUGCACAAACUUAUUGGUGGGAAGUGAGAUACAAGCCAUCAAUGACCCCUGUUACACCUGUCAAUGCAAGGACUUAACAUGGGUGUGUGAAUAUAGACCCUGCCCUAUUCUCAGCUGCCCUCGUUCAGAACAGAUUACACCGCCUGGUUCAUGUUGCCCAAUAUGCACUGAAUGUUUGGUUGAGCUUGAAGGACGAAGGGUUGCAGAUGGCGAGACAUGGGCAGACAGACAAGAUCCAUGCAUUACCUGUACCUGCACACUGGGGCAUGUUGACUGCCAGAUACAGGAGUGCCCUCCUAUACAGUGUCAGCAAGGUGAACUAAAAGUGCGGACACCUGGAACUUGCUGCAAUGUUUGUCAGGCUCCAGCUGUAUCCUGUCUGUAUCAAGGCCAGAGGUACCUAUCUAAUGAGCAUUGGCAGGUCAAUGAGUGUACAACGUGUACAUGUGUUUCUGGAGAGGUGCACUGCCAUAGUGAGAGGUGUCCACAAGUAUCCUGUACUGCUGAUGAGACUCCAGCCCUGAUCCCUGGCAUGUGCUGUCCACACUGCAUUCCUCGCCCAGCCAGCUGCAUUGCAUUUGGAGACCCACACUACAGGACGUUUGAUGGCAAAAUGUAUCAUUUCCAAGGCAGUUGUACCUAUGUCUUCAGUGAAGACUGUGAAGGAGGAGACUUCAGCAUCCAUGUGACAAAUGAUGACCGCGGACAACGUGGAGUAUCAUGGACAAAGGAAGUAACUGUGUUGAUUGGGGAUGCUGUGGUCCAGCUCCUACAGGACUGGGUGGUUGUGGUGGAUUACCAGACUGUAGAGCUGCCAUACUUAAAAGAACCUUAUAUUUACAUUGAGAGGAAAACAAACACUAUUCUACUAAACAGUAACAUUGGAGUCAAGGUACAAUGGAAUGGACGAUCUCAUCUCGAGGUCAGCGUCCCUGGAACAUAUCGUGAUCAUCUAUGUGGGCUUUGUGGAAAUUUCAACAAUUAUCCUCAAGAUGAUUUCCGUGACCGAAGGGGUCAGAUUCUCCUCUCUGAGGCUGCCUUUGGAAACAGCUGGAAGGUACAAAGCAGUAAUGACUCCUCCAUUGGGUGCUGGGACGGUCAAGAUAUUGACCCCUGUAAACAGGCUGGAUAUCGUGCCAGGAAAGAAGCCAAUGGGCGUUGCAAAUUACUAAAGUCCAGUGUGUUUGAGCCAUGUCACAGAGUGGUUCCACCAGAGAUGUUCUUUGCUUCCUGUGUGUAUGAUCUGUGCGCAUGUGGAGCAGGAGAUGAGUGUCUUUGUGAUGCUCUGGAAGCAUACGCAUCAGAGUGCAGGGAGGCUGGAGUUGUCUUGCAGUGGAGGUCUCCAGCACUAUGCGCUGUUGGCUGUCCACAUGACAGAGGCUACGUGUUCGAUGAAUGUGGCCCUCCCUGUCCCAAGACAUGCUUCAAUAAAGAUGUUCCCUUAGGCGUCCUGGAGUCUCACUGUUUUAAGCCAUGUGUUCCUGGCUGUCAGUGUCCAGCUGGACUGGUAGAACAUGAAUCUCACUGCGUCCCACCCGAGUCAUGCCCAAAGAUUAUUCACGGAAACCUCUGAGUUUAAAGAAUAUGUACAUUUCCAGCAUGACCAUGUAUGUGUGAAAGGAGUGUUUUAAUCAGCUUGGUG